AUGCCUGCUCCGCAAUCUCCAAGGGCUGCGAGACGAAGUCGUUCUUCACGUGGCUACUGGUCUAGGCAGCCGGCUGCAAGAUCUUAUCACUACAAAGAGUCGGAGAAAUAUCCUGAUCGCCCACAGUCUAGAGCAAGCAAUGUCUCCAGGAAACGCUCGUCGAGACGGAACGGACGAUCUCGAACUACAGUAGACCCUGACAGAAAGAAGCUUGCCAUGCAAAAUGUGGCUCAACACUGGAACGAAUGUAUCCAAAUCUCUGAGGCUGAACGCAUCGAGGCAGCUAAAGAGAUUGCUCGUCUCGAGGAUGAGGUUCACUGUGCAGAAGAAGCCUUGGAAAUGUCAAAACAGCUCAUCUGUGAGAAAGACGCAGAGAUUCAAGAACUAGCGGAUCUUCACAAAACUCGGAAAGAAGAAGGAUCUCUGGCCGAAAAGGAAAGCCAGAAACUACUCAGCGAGGUCGAAUCCCUACGUUCAGGUUUGGCCAAAUCCCAUGAAGACAACGCAGCGAUUCAUCAAAAGUAUUGCAAGAAUCGAAACAAGGUCAACGAAGCCAUUGAUGAACAACAAGAUUUGUUCAAACGAAUGCAUGCUCUUUACAAAGAAAUCAUGGAACUACAGAAGGGAAAAGAGAAGCGUAAUAUAGAUGUCAAAGACGUCGAGUUAGCUCUUGAGGCUAGUCGAAAGAAACGUGAGGAACUCAGGAGCUGUGUCGAGAAAUACAGGGCCGAGACAGAACGAGAGACUCAAAAGAAAAAUCAUGUCAUUGGGGAACUGAGAAUAAAGCUUGAGCAUCAGCAACAGGAACUCAUUCGUGAGAGGACAACAGCUAGUGAACUUCAAAGCCGGCUCAAAACGGAAUCAACACUGGUAGAUAUGGUCAAGAACAUGCAGUCUGAUCUCUCUACCCUGAAGGAGAACAGCGAUAAACACAACACGAGAAGUCAGACUCAAGACAGAAUGGAUGAUUGUCUCUCAGAAAAGUAA